AUGGAGGAACUAAAUGUGAGGUUGGGAGGUGAUGGAGGCCUCGAAGAUGAGAGACAACUCUUGGUUGAAGAGCAGAAGUUAUGCAGAUCCCGAUCUCGCAAGUUCUCCCUGGAAACCAACCGACGCAGGAAGGCUCUGGAGGAGAGACGGAAGCAGUGGGACGUGCAGGAGCAACGGCUGGUAGAGAAUAUCUUAAAGCAACGCAGACAGCGAGUACAGGAUGCAACUGAGCGCUUCCAAAGAGCCCAUUUACCUCCUUCUCAGAGACGCAGACAAUCUUUUAGAAGAAAUGUCCCAAAUAUUGAAGACGCACUCAAUGAAAUUCAAGGCUCCUUGAGUUCAUACACCCGGCAGUCCUCUUUCCUGUCCAGCAACUCUUACCUUAGCAGAAGCUGCACUUCCUCCCCUAAGCCUCCCACUGUUUCUAAAUCCACCCACCGCCAAGCACUCUCUGCUGUAGAGGCCUACACUAAACUGCUUCAGGAGCAGAGCAUGACUUGCUUCAAGAACAGUCAACAAACUGAAAAGACACCAGAGAGGCAACAAGAUCCCAGUCCUCAAGACAGCCACCUGUCUGAUAGCUGUAAUUCUGAAAGCCUUUCAAGUAAGGACAGUUUGGAGAAUGAGGACCCCGACCACAGCGCAAAGAAUCUGCAGUAUUCCGAUCCAUCAUUCUUUCUCGACUCAGAGAAGCCCCAUCCGCACCUGAGAAAGCAAAAUGAUUUGUUACCAUCAUCAGGCGUAACUUCUUACUCAGCAAUGAUGCUUCUUGGUGAUAACUUACCCCAAUCAAAAAAACUGCAUGGACCUGAGCAGAAGAAAGAAGAGGACUCUGAAGGGCCGAACAAUAAGAUGCACUUUUCUAAAGCUUCUUGGGGGUUCACAUCUAAUGAGCAAACAGUAGAAACGGAGGCCCAGCCCGCACUGCACAACUGCAACUUAUUCACUUUUUGUGACAUUAUUAGUGCCGACCCAGAGCACUUUGAGGGAACCUCCUCACUAAACAGUCCCUGUGACAAAAUCAUUUUUACAAAUAGAGAAGCUCGUGGCAGCACGGCCCUCGAGUCAUGUCCUAAACAAGAGGCUCUGUUGGAUCUCAGGCAGAAGGCGGUCCAAUUAAAACAUCCAUCAGCUACAGGAAUUAUUCUUCCUGCCAAAGAUGGCAACAGCAAAGACACUUUGUUUGGGCCUCUCACAAAGCCCAAUAUUUUCUUAAACAAUAGCACAACAGAUAAUGCCUCACAAGAAGGAACUCUUCAGCAAACAGGAAAAGAAAGCCACAAUCUGUCUUCCCAGAAAGAGCCUAGUGCAUCAAUAAACAACCUCAAUAAGGUUUCAAACCAAAAGCCCAAAACUGAGAAGCCCAUUAAUGAAGCAUCGCUGCAACACGCACGCUUGUCUAACAUUCAAUCAGACACUAAGUGUCCUGAGGAGGAAGUACAAACAUGGCCUGUUUCCGUGAGUACAUCUCAUUCCGUAUGUAAAGUCAGAUUCAUUAAAGGAAUACUUAAAAAGCAGUCCAAAUAUAUGUCAGGAGAUGCCACAUGUGUGUAUGGCUCAGGGCGUUUGAUUUUUGCAAAACAAGUAGCCUUAGCGAUCAGAGAUAGUGUUGAAUUGACUAGGACAAAAACUAAAGAUGUGGAGGGGAACAACAGCGUCAAAAAGAAGCUGCGUUGGUUUGAUGAGGUGCAAGAAGAGAUAGACAUAAUGACACAGAUGAAAGGCAAGUCUUUCAACCUCUCUCAGUCAAAUAACAACUCAGAGGACCACCAGCUAAGUCUCGCCACAGUCUCAGGGGCUUCCAAGCCUGGACACAGCAUGACCCCUCCAGCCUCCACUGGUUAUCACUUUACAAAACAAGCGUGGGCAGAUGUUGGGGUUCAAGUCAGCUUGCCCCAGGAACAAGCGGACGAGGUCAAGGUGCCGCAUAGCAGCACCAGGACCGGUGGCCCCAAGGUCCCUCGGAGAGAGCGCUCUGCCAGAGCUGGAGCGGGUCCUGUUUCCACGAGGACCAGAAAGGGCACUGUUAUACGACCUCAAUCUGCCACCGAGGUGAGUCAGAUUGCCAAAACCCAAGGGAAGAUCAUGAUGCCCCGCCCACCUCCUAGGACGGAAUCGGUGGAAGAAAAGACAAUGUGCAUCGCCAAGACUCCAUCUGGCAUGGAUCAUGCUAGUGUCAACUGUAAACAAGCUCUGGCUGUAGAGCAGGGCCUGCACAAGGACAACUCAGAAGACUUUUUCUCACCUUUCACACACAGUGUAAUUAGAACAGAUCGCACUGUUACUUACACACCGCUGCCACCUUCGUAUACCUACCCCGUCUCAAAGGGCAACACAAAGAGCUCGCCUAGCUCAGGUCAUCAGGAAGCUCAGGGCUGCAGCAGAAGAAGAGGGAUGGUGUACAAUGAAAAAGGCCUCUGUUUAGAUUGCACUCCCACAGAUGAGGAGAUCUCACAGCUCUGGCACGGCGUCCGCAGUGCCUUAACCACCAAGGACGGUAAUGUAUAUUUUGGCUGACAGCCACGCACGCAGCUUA